UCCCACAGAGGACCCAUACCUUACGUAGACCAAGACGGAUGUAAACUAUGCCAGAUUUCUUGAGUAACGUGUUGAUUUGCUUGCUUCGCACCAGUUAGCACCACAGCAUGGCACACCUGUAUGGGAUGUGGAUGAGAUAAUAGCGAGACCACCUUAGAUUAGCAUGGAUGGAUUCAGAGCAUUGUGAGCAGAAACACAAAAUCAAAUUAUGGUCACCAGAUGAUUGACAGCUAAUGAAGAGGAGUAAAUUCUUAACCUCAAAACAACAUGAAGAAAACCAUUGCUGCACAGAAAACAGCCUGCAUGAUCCUCUUCCAUAUAUGUUGAAACUGUCACAGAUCUCAGCACCAUGGCCUUUCGGAGACAACCCUUCCAGGGACAGAUUGGUAUGAAUGAGACACCACUCACCACAGUCAUCAGCUGUGGAGAAUUCAAGGCUGCAGAGCAGAUCAUUGAGUCUACCAGUGACCCAACCUACCUCAAUGAUGGCCGCGGUGAGAACAUUCCCCUCUACAUGGUCCUUUCCAACAACUGCUAUGCCAAGAACUGCCGGAACCUGAAGCUGGCUCGACUGUUGGUCGAGAAGGGUGCCAGUCCCAACCUCAGGAUACCCCUUAGGGACUUAGACUUGGCAUGCCCAAGCCCGUUUGAGGAACUGGUGGUGUAUCACGAAGUGCUCAAGUCAUAUGUUGCUGGUGUUUCUGAUGUGCUGUUUGAGGAGAUGGAGAUGUACUUUGAAACUGAAGAGCUAAAGUUGGAAUUUUUAACCAACACUCUUGAUCUUGAUAAUGAGAAGUGUCUUCCCAACCUUGAGAGUUGUAAGAAACUGAUUGAACAGACUAGUGAGUUGAUUGACAUAUUCCUUCGCUAUGGAAGUGAUCCUAGUGUUCUUACAACAUUUUCCCACAAGUCCCUCUUUCACUGGGUGAUCGAACAUGAGGAUAUUGAUCUCGCCAAACGCUUCUUGGACACUUGCAGAGUGAAUCUCAACCUUUGUGAUGUGCAUGGUAGUACUCCCUUGAUGGAUACCAUUCUGAGAAACACUCCAGAAAAUUCAUUUGCCAUUUAUGAAGCAAUGUGUGACACAGCUGACACUGUAGAUAUAAAUGCCUGUGACUGCUGUGGGGAGACAGCCCUUUUUAGGGCAGUGUUUGCUGGUGCUACUGAAAUGGCAGUCAGGCUGUGUCAGGAUGGAGCCAAACUGAAGACUGUUGUGUGUCUGUCUCAAGUCCCCAUGUCAACCUGCAAAAAACCACCAGAUAGUACUAGCUUGAUAUAUUCUGGCCUUCUGUUGGAGAGAGUGUCUCCCAUGACCACCCCCUUCCUGGCACCUCUGCUGGCAGACUCACUAGUCCAGCUCAGAUACUCCCAUGUUUCUACACAAGAUUCCAAUUCUGACAUAUUCCAUCCUCAUAAACAUCUCCUAGACAAAAUUAUUUCAGCCUCUGUUUCUCCUUUAAUAGAUCAUGGUUGCUUCAGUAAUCAGAUCGUUGCUUCAGAAGUAACAUCUCUGCUGGAAAAUACAAACUAUGUAAUGACAAAGCAGGUUAAUCCCACAGAUCUGUUAACCUUGAUGUUUGGCCAAGUGUCAUGUGGUUUGCGUCAGUUGUGUGUGAGGACUAUUCUUGAUCAUUCCCUCAUGGUGUCUCAGGUAACUAGUAAACUGUGGCCAGAAGAAGCACCCAGUGUUUUCUGUAACCAUUACUGUGAGGGAGCAGUAACUAAAGCCAAGAUGGAGGAACUAGUGAAAAUUUUGGGUCUUCCUCAGCCAUUUCAAAUUUUUUUUGACAUUGAGGCAGUCAAAUAUUUGUGUUGUGGUCUAAUAAUGAGUUAUCGCAGCAUGGAGUGUGACCAGGCAUGUUACGAGGAGUCCUUGUUUGAUGAUGAUGAUGAUGAUGAUGAAUCUUCCAGUUAUGAAUUUUCUUCAGUGUACGCUGAUUCAGACUCUCUCCUUUUCUUCUCUUCUGACAUCAGUGAAGAAUCCUCUGAGGAGGUUGAUGACUUGUCAGAUGAAGAUCUCUCAGGCAGUGAGGAGGAUGUAGAUGUAGAGGAUGAGUCAAAAGAAACAGAGAAGAGCAAGGAGGACACUUCUAAGCUUAAGAAAAUAAAGUAUAAACAAGACGAUUCUAGUUCUGAUUCCGAGUCUGAGUCUGAAAACAUGAGGGUGGUGGUGGAAACUUUCUGUGAGGACUUGGCUGAGGGUGUGGCACAAGAUCACCCAAAUGUUUGCUGUGAUAAAUAUCAAAGACUUGAUGACGAAUCCACAACCACUACAGAAUCUCGAGAAAAUCUGACUGCAAGUGACUCUAUCUCUGAUUCUCUUUGUUAGUAUUAUAGACAAAACAAAUCUCUUGAACAUUUGUCUAUCUAACCAUUGAUCCAUUAGGGUUUCUGUAUAUCUGCCUAUCUGUCCAUCUAUAGCUACAUCUAUUUACAUCGUGUCGUUCUAUAUAUUUAUUAUGGCACCUUUUUCUUUUAGAAUUUCACAAGGGGGUUAGGUAUGGAUGAAGACUCUCCACUUACUUUUUUCUUUAAUACAUUAGCCCUGGACACCUCACACACUCUUCUUUCCUGGUUUUGUGUAUCAAAAUAGAAAGCCGUCCCCACAAAAAUCAGUAUUUGUGUUCUUCGGUUAACUCGUCAGUCAUGUCAUUGUCUUCCAUUGCCUCCAGGUGAAACAAACUACACCUCUCUUGCCAUUCUCCAUCCCUUCACCACCUGGACAUGCUAAAUGGUUCACGUAUAUUCUCAUCACCUUCAUUCAUUACUAUUCAUUUUGUUCACCACUCACAGAUCAUUCCUCUGCUAUAAUCAUAAACUUCAACUUUCAUUCCAUGCUCAUAUUUAUUCCCAGGUCAGUGGUGUUACUCAUGCUAUUGUAUGGUAUUCUGGUUUUAUUUUUACUUCUGCUUUUCAUCAUAUGAAAGUUGGUUUUGCUUUGCCUUGUUCUAUGCUUCCAUAUUAGCACAGAAUUUAACCAAGAUAUAUAAACUUCUAUGCUUUUAAUUCUUAUUGAUAUUUAUAACAUUUAAUCACGUAACAUGUUGUUUGUAGCACUUAGUUAAUAUUCAGUCAAGACUGACUGACCCUAUGGCCUUGGCAAUCAUUUAUGGCAUUGAUGGUAACAUGUCAAACUUACAUUACCUUGGAUGUCCUUCCAGGGUUUCAGUUACUGUCAGCAACUUCUGGCUUAUUCGUUUCACCAGCAGACCAAUUCCUCAUUGCUUCCAAAAUGCUGAAAAUGUGGCAUAACAUGUUAUAUGGCUCAUAGUUACUAAACUACAUGAAUGAAAAUUUGUCCAAUAAGCUAAAUAAUAUAUCUUCCUGCUACCUCUUUUUUAAGGUUAAAUUAUUUUGUUUUUAAGGCUAAAACAACCAUUUACAACACUUAAAAUUUUAUCAGUUUGAAUAAAAUGAACAAACAACCCCAGA